GAGUCUGCCGCUCAGUGUCAAGCGUGUUCGAGACCUGCCUACACUCUCGCUAACAUUGAAAUUCGUCUUUCUUCCAUGUCGCAACCUAAAGGCACUGCUAUUGUCACAGGAGCUAGUCGGGGAAUUGGCCGUGCCAUCGCACUUCGCCUUGCUGAUGAUGGUUUUGAUAUCGCUCUGAACGACAUUGCGACCAAGAGCAUCGAGUUGGAGGCUGUAGCAAGUGACAUUAAUGGUAAGGGACGACGAACUAUCGUUGUUCCAGCAGAUGUAUCAGUGGAGGAUGAGGUCAAAGGGAUGAUUGCAACCACUGUUCGUGUUCUGGGUGGCGUCGAUGUAAUGAUAGCUAACGCCGGGAUAAUCACAUUUGGCAAUGUCUUGGACGCCGACGUAGAAAGUUUCGACGCCACUUUCUCUGUGAAUGUCCGAGGGACGCUCCUCUGUUACAAGCAUGCUGCCCGGCAGAUGAUCGAGCAAGGACGGGGAGGAAGAAUUAUAGGCGCAUCAUCAGUGCUUGGGAAGAAAGGCACUAAGGAUUUUAUUGUGUAUAGCAGCAGCAAAUUUGCUGUGAGAGGGCUGACUCAGGCUGCAGCUAUGGAGUUUGGUCAUCACGGUAUCACUGUGAACUGCUAUGCUCCAGGGCCCAUCCAGACAGAAAUGUUGCGGACCUUGAGAGAACAAAGGGAGCGAUGGGUAGCUGAACAGGGACAUGAUCCUGGUUCAAUUCAACGAGUGCAGACGACAGUUGGGUACGAGGGUACUCCAGACGAUAUCGCAAGUAUAGUCUCCUACCUCGUAUCAAAGGAGGCGCACUUUAUAACUGGGCAGAGCGUUUCUGUAGAUGGAGGGCUCUUCUUUACUUAGGCUGCUGGAGUCAUGGUUUGAGGUGCUAUGAGGGACAAGAAAGAUCUUAUACUGGUCGGAACUAUAGUGUCUGAAGACAAACCGAAUUACUAUUUAGAUUCUACAUGGUCAAUAGAAUCUGAGUCGUACGAGUUGCGUCGUUGCAGGUCGUUGCGUCAGGAUCACGUACCAA